GGGGGGCACGCACGUGCAGGGAGAACAUGCAAACUCCACACGGAGAUGCCAAGAGGAGAUCCAAGCCAGGUCUUCCAUGUCUUCCAUGUCCUGACUGCGUGGCCUGCAUGCUACCCACUCGGCCACCAAAUGCAUUUCCAUGUGUAAUUCUUAGCAUUGUGCUAAACAACCACGCGGGGGCGCUCAUGCCGCAUAAAGUGUUGAGAAAAGGAGGUGUCGUUACUUUGGUCGAUUCGACUCCAUUUCCCAUCAUGCCGAGGGGGUGGGGGGGGUCACCAUGCCCCCUUCUGCAUUCAGACCUGCCGUCUCACCGAGAAGCGUCCGGAUCAACUGGCAGGAUACUUUAGAAAUGUCCUGUGUUAGCCGUUUAGGGGUUGACGUUAACCUUUGACCUUUGACCCCGCCCGUCGGCAUAGUUCGUUCUAAAUCCCGAUCAAGCCAACGAUUGAAAACUCCCGCCAAGUCACGCCGUGCCUCUUUUCGGGACACUUGUGGAGCGGAACAUCUGAAGCUUUCAGGAGGACCGACGUGACCGCCGACGCCUUCUGGGCUCCUCGCAGCUCCAGCUCGUCUCCUCGACUUCUGAGCCGCUAAGAGGAACGCCAACCACCUUUGAGCCAAAGUAGUUGGAGAGCCACCAUGGGAUGCACCAUCAGCGCCGAGGACAAAGCCGCGGUGGAGAGGAGCAAGAUGAUCGAUAAAAACCUUCGAGAAGAUCUGGAGAAGUCCUUGAGGGAAGUCAAGCUGCUUUUGCUCGGUGCUGGAGAAUCUGGGAAAAGCACGCUAGUCAAGCAGAUGAAAAUCAUUCACGAAGAUGGCUACUCGGAGGAGGAAUGCAGUCAGUACAAGGUGGUGGUCUACAGCAACACCAUCCAGUCCAUCACGGCCAUCAUCCGGGCCAUGGGACGCCUAAAGAUAGAGUUUGGGGACGAGCGGCGGGCGGACGAUGCCCGCCAACUCUUUGUGCUGGCCGCUUCAGCGGAGGAGGGUUCAAUGUCGGCAGAGCUCAGCGGCGUCAUCCGGCGGCUGUGGGGCGACGGUGGCGUUCAAGCCUGCUUCCAUCGCUCACGAGAGUAUCAGCUCAACGACUCUGCUGCGUACUAUCUCAACGACUUUGACAGACUCUGUCAGCCCGACUACAUCCCGACCCAGCAGGAUGUCCUGCGGACGCGUGUCAAAACCACGGGAAUCGUGGAAACGCACUUCACCUUCAAAGAUCUCCACUUCAAAAUGUUUGAUGUCGGGGGUCAACGCUCGGAGAGGAAGAAGUGGAUUCAUUGCUUCGAGGAAGUAACGGCCAUCAUUUUCUGUGUGGCGCUCAAUGACUACGAUCUGGUCUUGGCCGAGGACGAGGAGAUGAACCGUAUGCAUGAGAGCAUGAAGCUGUUUGACUCCAUCUGCAACAACAAGUGGUUCACAAGCACCUCCAUCAUCCUCUUCCUCAACAAGAAGGACCUGUUUGAGGAGAAGAUCGCCAAGAGUCCACUUCAAAUCUGCUACCCAGAGUACGGCGGUGAGAACCUGUACGAGGAGGCAGCUCAGUACAUCCAGGGCCGCUUUGAAGACCUGAACAAGCAGAAGGCCAGCAAGGAGAUCUACACCCACUUCACGUGUGCCACAGACACCCAGAACGUGGAAUUUGUGUUUGACGUCGUCACCGAUGUCAUCAUCAAAAUCAACCUGACGGAUAUCGGACUCUACUGAGGCCAUCGGCCCUGAAGGGGUCCCAGUGGUUUCCUGGUGGUCUCGGCUGGUAUCUGGUAUGCGGUGUCUGCAGACCAGUGGCCAGUGGGAGUGGGCUUACCAAGGGACUAACGGCUUUGGAGAUUGACUAGCAAAACAUGACUGUGAGAUCUUUGCACCUGAGGCAGGUAAAGACACCCAUGCAUCUGCGGUCAGCGGACAUGUCCUCAUCUAUCUCAUCAGGGGCCUUCAUGAAUUGUUUCUAUUUUACGGACGCCAUAACCUGUACAGUAUGGUGGACAUACUACCAUUUGGGUUUGCUAAAGAUCCUUCAUAGGUUCUAGGGUUAGAAUAGCAUUCUAGUCAACUCCACAGCGGGGCAAUCGAACCUUCAUAUAGCACAUUUUCAUAUGACUACGCUGAUAUUUUGACCAGGAUCGCACCAUAAGAACUCCUAGAAGGGACAUGAUGAUAUUUCUUGACUAAUGCUAAUGCUAAUGCUAACCAGAGUUUUCACAUGAGAAGUUUAUUUUAGUUUCAUACGAAGGAGGACUUUACUCUUGCCUGACUUCCUGCUGGCUUCAGCUAGCUUUCCCAUGUAGCAUUUGCAUGUUUAUAUUCCGUUCCAAACAAAGCAGGGAAGGUUGUGGUGCAAAUGGGAAGGACUAUUGUAGGGAUGGCCGACCACCAUGAGCGUUGCUUCUGUCGUGUAACAAGACUAUCUUGUCUGGAGGGAAGCGAGAUACGCUGGGAAAGAUGAGCAACCGCUUUGGUCUGAUGCAUAAUGGACCAUGAGCUAAAAUAGAGCAUUUAUUAGGCAA